AUGAGUUUUGCCAAGAUUCAGAUGUCUCAGUUUCCGUGAGAUUGAAUAUUCUCCAGCUUUUGGAAAAAACCGAUUGCCUUUCCCCAGAAUAUGGUGAUUUGCUACUGCUCUAUCGAACGCAAGCUGUUGUUUCCUCUAUGUUUCCAGAUGUAGUUAUUUCUGAUGAAGAAAUAAAAGAAGAAUUCCAAAGAAGGUUGUUAUUUGACAACUUAUUAAGUUUAUGCCGAAAUAUUGAGCAUUUUCAGUCUCUUUCCAAACUACUCAUUCAUUGGCCUCCAUUCACGUCAACUGAAAAAAGGGAACCUAAGGAUGACGAAUGGACCAAAUUGAUGUGUAAAUUGAUUGAUCUGAACUCUAUAGAAUCACUGGCAGUGGCUGUUUCUAUAUUAGAAAAAGCUCUCAGUUAUCCCAGUUUUGAAAAAGAAUGUUUUCAAUUGGUCUUUGAAAAGAUAAAAGAACAGAGAAAGAUUCUUUACGUCCUCAAAUCAGCUUUGAAAACUAAUUAUAGUGAUAUACAUGAAGAAGCUAUGAAUGAACUUAAAGUUACUUUACAGGUAAACAAGAAUCAUGAAUCAUAAUAUUUUUUUUUGAAU